CAGAAAGGCGAGACCAUGUUGGGACGGUGGGCGGGGCUCCCUGCUCUGCGUAGCACAAAACGCACCUAGGAAGGUCAAGUUAGCAAUUAGAAACUGCAAGUUCUUACAACCCUCUAAAGAGGGCUAUGUAAACUGGGAAGUUCUCGGUGUGACUGUGGCUAUGCCUUUCCUUAAGGCCAAGUGUCACAGCCUUUGUAUUUGUUUCUCCAAGGAAAUCAGACAGGAAGCAGCCGCAAAGUGCCAGAGUCAGCAAGGGGGAGGGGCAAGGGCGUAGCCGCCGUAAAGUCCAGGCGAUACACUUGCUAGGCGUCAGGACUUCCAGCAGUUGCUAGAAACCGGGCCCCAUACGUUCCUAGAACCACUCCGAGUGGAAAGGCGGUGUGGUUCUUGACCCCGCCCCUCCGUUGCGUACGCACGUCGGGGCGUGCGCUGGCGUCGAGUGGGCGUGACCCUGGGCGGUGCGACGGUAGGAAGGAGGAGGGCGCUGCUGGUGCUCCAGCUGGGUCUCCAUGGCGACUGGACGCGGCCGGCUCCUGCAGCAGUACUGGCUCGGCCUCCUGGCUCGGCGCCCGCGGAUUGGCGGCGACUUCUGGGCCCCCGGGAGCGCGGGAGAAGCCGCCAGGAGCGCGGGGUUCAGAAUGGGCCUGGGUGUCAGACUGGCUGCAGGCUGUGCUGCUCAGAAUCACUGUGUCCAACGGGAUGUGCGCUGUGAGAAAUUCCACACUGGCUGCUCUGUGUCUCUGGACAGUCUGCCUUCAGAAAUCCUGCUGAAGAUCUUGUUCUACUUGGAUGCUGUGACCUUGCUGUGCAUGGGAUGUGUGAACAGGCGCUUUUAUCAUCUGGCCAAUGACAAUUUUAUUUGGAUCAGAAUCUACUCAACUGCCUUUUCACCUAAAAGAUCUAAUUGGAAAGUUAAUUCAGUAGAGAAGACAGCCGUGUCUAUGAACUUACUAUCAGUUGGGGAUAAAGAAGCUGGAUAUUGGAAGAAAGAAUAUAUUACAAAACAGAUAGCAUCUGUAAAAGCAGCUCUAGCUCGAGUUCUCAAACCAGUCAACCCUUACACAGGCCUCCCGGUUAAGACCAAAGAGGCCCUCAGAAUAUCUGGUUUAGGUUGGGUAAUUAUAGUGAAAGAAAAAAGUGGAAAAGAAUACACUAUGGAGCAUGUUGAUCUUUCCAUCAACGAUUCAUCAGUCACGAUUGUGUGGUAUGGCAAAAACUGGCCGAGUCUUGCCACACUGUCAACCUUAGAUUUGUGUGGGGUAACACCAGUGUUUAUGGACCGGUCUAAAAUCCCCACCAAGAACAGACCUCGAUGGCAUUCUUUAAUUGCAAAGUAUGACCUGAGUCAUUUAACUGAGUCCACCAUGAUUGGCUGUGACAGGCUCAUCCGGAUCUUCUGCCUGAACCCUGGCCUCGUGGUGGGGCUCUGGCAGAGGGAGGAAGAACUGGCUUUUGUUAUGGCAAAUCUUCAUUUCCAUCACCUUGUGGAGAGGAGCACAUUAGGCUCGGCUGCUGUCCCCUACGAGCUGCCUCCUCAUACCCCCUUUUUGGAUGAUAGCCCAGAGUAUGGACUGCAUGGCUACCAACUCCAUGUCGAUAUGCACAGCGGGGGAGUUUUCUGCCUGUGUGGUACAUUUGACAACCUCUUCACCAAGAAAGGGUACAUUGAAAAUGAAUAUGUGAAGCUCAUUGUGAUAAGUUUUAAAAAUAGCACAGAACACCUACCUCUUAUUGGAAAAGUUGGCCUUUCUUGGAAAACUAAUAUUUUUGAUGGCUAUAUAAAGAGUUGCUCUAUAAUGGAUGUAACUCUUUUGGAUGAGUAUGGGAAACCCUUCUGGUGUUUCAGUUCCCCAGUUUGCAUUCAAUCCUCGUCCAGGCCCUCUGAUGGCCCCAAUUUCUUGGGGGAGACAUACUAUGUGGACUACGUCGACUCGGAAGGCAAGGUGCACGUGGAGCUGCUGUGGCUCCAAGAGACGGAAGAAUACCUUAUUGUCAGCCUGGUGCUUUACCUGCGCGUAGCAAAAGUAAACCAUUGGUUUGGGACGAAAUACUAAGCGUUAGCUGUACCUGGCCAAUUAUUGUUGUUAUUUGUUUAUUUUGGACUAACCAGUUUUGUUUGUGGUGUUUGUUGGAAGUUAAAAUAAAGCAGUAGUCUGUUUGAUGUCCUCUUAUUUCACAUUAGAAAUCAUGUUUCCUGACUGAUGUUAAUGUUUAGAAGAUUAAGUUAAAUUUUAAAAACAUGAAAGUAGUACAUCACAGUAGAAAUUCAUAUAAAAUAAAAGAAAAAAGAUAUUUGCUUCUAUCCUGACCUAACAAUUGAAAAAACAAAUUCCACUUAAGCAUUUGAUCAUGUGAUAAGCCUGUGUGUGUGUGUGUGUGAUUUUUUUCUUUAUUGAUUAGAAUUCCAAAUAAGGAAAUAUAUUUAAUUAUGAACUUCAUAACAUUCAUUGCAAUUAGAAAGUGCUUUAUUCAUGGCAUUUAGCAGCCACACUAGUGUUCAAUAAAACAAAGUAAGAUAGACAGAUUACCUGUUUCACAAGGAAAGGUGCACAUCUGGAAUCAUAAGAAAUUGCUCUUCCUUAGAAGAGCAAAGUGUGAUGCAAAUAAAGUUAAGAUACCCAGCUCUCCAUCAGUGGUGUCGGGGCUGGACAAAUACUCCUCUGUAGAAAUGCUUUAGUCUCCUAAAGACACCUGGGGUUCAGAGGAAGUGACAUGCACCUAAGCAUGUUUUUUUCAGGGAUUUGGUUUUAAAAUUGCUUUACAUUGUAUUGAUUGGUUUUUGUUGUGUUCUGGUCCAUUUAAAGUUAUUCUCAGAAGUGAUUUUUAAAUGUGGUGGUGUUCCCGUGGGGUGUGCGUGAUUAUCCCCUCCCUAUAUUUCUUUUUCUUCUUAUUAUCUGGUCACUUUUCUCUUGAGGGGUGUGUGUGUGUGUGUGUGUGUGUGUGUGUGUGUGU